AUGGUGAAAUACGUGCUUCACUAUUUCAAGGGGCAGGUGCGCGGUGAGAGCAUUCGGCUGGCUUUCAAGCUGGCCGAGGUCGACUUUGAAGAAAAGAAUUUCGACUUUUCGGAAUGGCCGACGUUUAAGCCAAACUAUCCGACCCAGCAAGUGCCAGUCCUAGAGGUGGACGGGAAGAUGAUAGGACAGAGCAAAGCCAUCUUACGAUGGCCAAAGAAUUCGAUCACGAUCACCGACCUUUUUUUCUUCACUGCUGUUGAUUUCGUGGAUGUCAUGUCGAGGGGCGCCAACUCGUUGGAGAAGUUCCCCAAGUUAGGCGCCCUCAAGAGCCGCAUCGCCGCCAACCCCAAGAUCGCAGCGUGGCUGGCUGUCAGACCACCUGAUGCUGGAUUUUAA